UUUUAAUUUGUAAUUUUUCUUAACUUUCAUAUUUUUUCAAAUAAAAUAUUUAUCAUGAAAAUAAGAAGUCGCUAAAAUCUUAAGAUUAAACAUACAACCAAAAAUGUUAUAUUGUAUAUGUGUAUGUUUGCGUGCUGCUUAUAUUCAAUGAAUAGUAUCAAAAGAUAAGAUUAAGAUCAUCACUUUAACAAUUAUCUUGAACUCGUUUAUAUAACAUGUUUAUAUAUAUGGCAUUUAACAGGCAUGUAUAAAGUUGGAAACCUACACUACUCUCAUCGAUAAAUAUAAAACUUAAUUACAGCUACAAAUACAUGUAUAAUUCAAUCUAAUUUAAAGGUCAACAUCAAAGUGAAGAUCCUGAGCAACAUCACUGAAAGAUCUCAACCUAGGUCAACCCAAGGAAUGUGUGAUGUUAUCGACAACAUUACGAAGACUAUAAAAACCCUAUUCAUACCAAUGCAGCAAAUAAAAAGACUAAAUCAAGGCCAUUUCUAUUUGCUGAGAAACAUUGUGAUGGGUGAAACAAUAAGGAUCACAGAAAAAACCAUGGUAAUGGAUUGUUCACCCUUUCCUAUUCCAAUGGCACUUGAAAAAGAGUACAUAAACCCACCGACCCUAACAGUGACAGAGGCGCUGGCAUCACCAAUAAAACGCAGGAUCAAUGCUGUUGGAACUCUAGCUGAGGCUUCAGAUGUAUUGCAUACUGAAUUUUCCAGACGGAAAAUAUUAAAGAUCUCUAACAACACAGAUGAACUAACCAUCAAAUUAUGGGGGCAACAGAGUGACCUACAGCUGCCACAAGUGGGAUCUGAUGUUUCAGUUUCCGCCAUAAUAGUAGCACAAUAUGCGGGACGCAAGGAAGCUAAUUCAUCCUCAUCAACUACAAUUUCAGAGAUCGUUGAUGAACAUCCCUUUCAGGGCGAGAUAGAUGCCAUCACCUUUGACAGACAAGAAGCUUCAAUUGUGCUCAAAGAUGACGUAGACAAUGUCUACAAUGUGGACACGCACAGCCUACAGGAAAUAUUUCCAGACCUGGAAUUCAAACCAGACGUCCAAGUCGUUGGAACGAGAAGAGGAACAAAAAUAAUCUCUCUAAAACAGCUGAUUCAGAAGGACUGAACAUCCACUAGGACAUCACCACCAUGAAGCAUAGGAUGUCACCACCAUGAAGCAAUCGUUCAUGAAAGACUUUUUUUCGUGUUUAACAUCUUUUUUUCAUGUUUAACAUCUUUUUUUCGUGUUUAACAUUUUAUAAUUGUUCACCUUAAACCAAUCCCAAAUUUAUUUAUCACAAUCCUGAAAGACAUAUAUUAAAAUACUCCAGAGCAAUCAUAAUUAUUCCACAUCACCCGUUCAUAGUUUAACAAUAAUUACUCCAAGUUUUAUCAUUUUUAGGUCACCUGAGACGAACUCUCAAGUGACCAAUUCUGACCGCCUUUUGUUCUUCGUCAUGCGUCGUCCGUCUGUAUGUGAAUUAUAUGGUCCCAAUCCCCCCCAGGGGCCUUAGGGGUAGGGACCAAAAAAAGUCAAAUUGACUAAAAAUUCUUAAAUUCUUUUCUCAUCUCCCUGAUACGGUAGAAUUAAAUAAAAACGUCUUUAGGUCCUUUACCAAAAUUGUGAAUUUCAUGGCCCUGGGGUUCAUGUUUCCCCCUUAAGAGGGGGUAAAAUUUACUAGAGUUUAUAUAGAGAAAUCACAUUUUUUAGCAUUAUUUAUUCCAAUUACCAUCUGAAAUAAUACAAACUUGAUUAGAAUUAUCAGUAUGGCAUUCCUGAUGUAAACUUUAUGUAUAUUUGCAUAGAGCGACCCAAGGGGGCUUAUAGUCGGGGCCACAAAGGAUCAAAUUAAGUGAAAUUUCGAAAAUUUUCUUGUCAAGACCUAAAUAAUAUUGAAUCAAAUGCUCUUCAUAAAUAGAAGGGUCUUAAGGUACUUUACCAAAAUUGUGAAUUUUAUGACCCUGCGGUCUCGCAUUUCCCCCUGAGGAAAGGGUAAAGUUUACAAUAGCUGUAUAGGGAAAUUACAUUUUUGAGCGUUAUUUGUUCCAAUUGCCAUUAGAAAUAAUACAAACUUGGUUAGAAUUAUCGGUAUUAGAUGCCUGAUGUAAACUACAUGUAUAUUGGCGCUGACUGACCCCCAAGAUCUUGUGGGCGGGGCCAAAAAGGGUAAAUUAAAUUUACUUUGACAAUUCAAAACUCGGGUGACCAUUAACGCCCAUGGGGCUCUUUUUUCAAAAUCAUAAUCUGACAACUGUCUUUAAAUGUCUUGCUGUCUCAGUUCUACAUAUUCCAAUAUACAUUGCAAUAAUAUAUGCAUGUUUAAAUCUAUGAUUACAAAUCCAUUCAGCAAUUUUUUGAACAUUAAAGCAUGCUCAAUUUUCUAAAACUUUGUCAAUUUAUAUCACAUCUCCAUCAAAUUUACUUUGAUUUGUAAUAUAGUUAAAAUCAAAGGCAUUCAUUUACAGAAAUUAUUUCAUAAUCAGUGUUCACCAUUCAAUUAUGCGAGACUUUUUAUUAAAAUAUAUUAUACUUAACUAGUGACACAGCACAUUUUAUCAAGAUUUUUUAGGUCACCUGAAACAAAGUCUCAAGUGACCUAUUCUAAUCCCCUUUUGUCCGUCGUGCGUCGU